AGAACCUGAAAGAUGGCGGUGUCCAUGAGUACCGCUGUACAUUUAGUAAUAUUAAGUUUGGCAUUUCAUCUUUCUAAUUGCGAUAGCGAAACUGGCGGUACAGACACAGCAGAAGCGCCUCAUCGCCGCUUUGAAUACAAAUAUAGUUUCAAAGGACCGCAUCUCACCCAAAGCGACGGCGGUAUUCCUUUUUGGGUACAUACUGGAAAUGCCAUCCCCAGCGCCGAUCAGAUCCGGAUCACGCCCUCGCUCAGGAGCCAGAAGGGGUCCGUGUGGACGAAGAACACGGUGAACUUCGAGAACUGGGAGGCGGAGGUGACGUUCCGCGUGUCCGGCCGCGGCCGGAUGGGGGCCGAUGGACUGGCGAUGUGGUUCACCGCAGGGCAAGGUCUGGAGGGCCCAGUCUAUGGUGCAGCUGAUUCUUGGAAUGGUGUUGGGAUAUUUUUUGACUCUUUCGACAAUGAUGGGAAGAAAAAUAAUCCUGCAAUUCUGAUAGUUGGGAACAAUGGAAACCUUGUUUAUGACCACCAAAAUGAUGGGACAACCCAAGCCCUGGGGACAUGUUUAAGAGACUUCCGAAACAAGCCCUAUCCUGUCCGAGCUAAAAUCACAUACUACAAGAAGUCCUUGACGGUUAUGAUCAAUAACGGCUUCACCCCGGACAGAGAUGACUUUGAGUUCUGUGCGAAAGUGGACAACAUGGUCAUACCUCAGGAAGGGUACUUCGGCAUCUCUGCAGCCACGGGAGGUCUAGCGGAUGAUCAUGACGUCCUGUCAUUCUUGCUCUUCAGACUAACCGAGCCUGGACAACAGCAGGAGCCGGCUGCAGCUGAAAUCCCAGACGAGGACAAGGACAAGUAUCGGGAGGAGUUUGACAACUUCCAGCAUGAGCUGGACAAGAAGAAAGAAGAGUUUCAGAAGGAGCAUCCGGACGUACAGGGAGAGGCAGUGGAGGACAUCUACGAGACGGUGAACGACCGGGAGAUCCGGCAGGUGUUCGAGGGGCAGAACCGGAUCCACCUGGAGAUCAAGCAGCUCCACCGGCAGCUGGCCAUGAUUCUGGACGAGCAGCGCCGCUACGUCUCCGCGGUGACGGACGAGAUCACCAAGCAGCAGCAGGCCCAGGCUCCUCCUGCUCCGGGACAGGCGCCCAGUCUUGAAUUGGAGACUGUAAUCGCCACGCAGCAGGAAGUGUUGAAGAAUCUGAAUGAACUGAGGAACGCCUUCUCUGAAACACUGAAACAAGUGGACGCUACCCAGCAUGAGGGGAAUGCAGCCGGGGCCUACGAGUCUGUUCAGCACUUCAACGACAUCAAGGAGCACCUGCACGUGGUGAAGAGGAGCAUCGAGCACCUCGCCCAGCGGAAUGAGGGUCCAGGUGAGAAGGUGAAGUGCCCGGACCCGCCCCCGAUGCCGUCCUGCCUGUCCACCCCGCAUUUCCUCAUCUUCGCCGCAGUGCAGUCCGUGCUCUUCAUCGGCUACGUCAUGUACAGAAGUCAACAAGAAGCAGCAGCAAAGAAGUUCUUUUGAUGAAAACUGUUCUCCUGUGGAAGGUAUAACAAAAUGUGUAAAUGAGGUUUUUUUGUUUUUUGUUUUUUUUUUGUUCAUUUCUGGUCUGUUUCAAAAUUGUAAAUUAUUGUAUUUGAAAACAAGAAGUGUUUUUGAGUUUUUGAAUUUUGGAUUUUUAAUUUGAUCCUAGAUGUACAGAUUGUGGAUGAAUAUUUGCUUUCAUUAGGUGUGUGUGACAUUUUGGUCAAAGAUUCCCAAAUGAUGUAAUAUAUCCUUCUCUUGGAUUAAGCCAAUAUUAUUUGGAUUCCGGUCAGGGUCAUGAAAAAGUGUCUCAGUUAAACAAUGUCAAUCACUGUCCUGGCAGUGUUGACAACUGUGGUAUUAUGUAACUUAGUAUGAAUGCUGAAUUGUAAGAAUGGAAAAAUCUCAAAUGUAUUUUUUUAGUGUUCCACCAAAAUUACUGUUUUCUUCUUUAUGCUCAAGUGAUUAUUAUGAAAACAAACUGCAACAUAGCUACAUCCUCCUCAUACAUUUCUGUCAGACAGACUUUGUAUUAUAUUAGCUUUUUCUGCAAUUAUUUCAUCUUUAAGUAAGCUCCUCCCUUAUAAGAAGCUGUCCAAUGGCCUGGAUUCAUUUCAACAUUGGUCCUUAACCUUGACGCACAGUGUGCUCAAAAGUGUUUGAAACUUCCCCAACUGUCUUUGAAACUGUGUACAACUUUAUCAUUAUUUGCAGAACGUGUAUUAACAUUAACAUUAAGGGCAAGUAGUGGUCAAAUUCAGGUUAGCAUCUUGUUCUAGGUGUACUAGUUUUCUGCAAGCAAUUGCUGUAAUUACAGACUUGCAAAAUCUACCUAAAGCAGUUUUUGUUUUCAAACAGAAUUGGGUCGUUUAAAUGGGAAAAGGACCCAACAUUCUGCACUAUAUGUAUUAAUGACACACAGCAGUGACAUGACUGAAAUAUGAAGCACAGUAAUAAUAAGGGGGGGGGUGUACAUAUCAAUUGACACUUGCGUAUCUGCACUAUGGAAAAGGAUUGUUUUUGCUGUGAGCAGUCCGUGUAGAACGUCUCUGCAUGGUGCCCGUCACCUCCCCAGUCAGCAUUGAUACAAUGUUUUUUUUUAAAUUUUUUUUAAUUUUUCAAUAUUUUCAAAUUUAACUUCCCUUUCUUUUUUUCCUCAAUUUGUUAUUGCCAAUUGUGCCUAAAGAGUGAUAGCUGUAUCGUCUGCACACACACACACACACACAGGGGAGCACUGCGGUUAAAGCUGUGCUCUUUUCCAUACCCUCACCAGCGAGUCUGUGACUAUUUAUAACUCCCCAGAGCACAGCAUACACAGCGCGGAGCUGCAUCCAAUUGGAAGAGAGGCGUAUUUCACACUGACCACAACUGGCAGACUGUGGCAACUAAUGCAGCAGUAACCAGAGGCAGCCUGCCCACAUAUAACCACUGACCACUCGUCAAAAGGCUAGUUAUACCUUCCAUUUGUAGCCUCCUAUGGAUGGCUAACGUGCCCCCCCCCCCCCUGUUGGCUGAGCUGUACGGCCCAAUCUGGGCUCAGGGCGAGCUUUGGUAUCUGAUGCCGUGACGUUGCACAAAAAUCUGCUUGGGUGUCAUUUUUCAACAUCUGUGGAGAGCCAGCUGAUAGGCAGACAAGAGGUUGCAGCUCUACCUCUCGACAUCAGCGACCCAGAGAAAACCAUAACUUCAUUUCAAGUUCAGUAAAUAUGUUCAGUAUUAUGAAGAAAGCUGUGGCAAUAGACAUUGUUCUAAUUUACUUGAUUAGUUUUGCUUUUAAUACAGACAGUAUGCUUCUGGAUUGUAAAUGUUUGUUGUAUUUAUUACUUAAAAGGGAGAUUUGGGAUUAAGAAAACAAAGAAUAUACUUAAGAUAUGGUAAGGACAAAAAAAAUGCUUUUUUUUUUUUUUUUUUUUUUAUAUGGACCUGGACCUUUUUGCAAAUAAAGUAUAUCAACAGUCAAGUGAUGAGAUACUUACCAUUUUAAGUUACAGCUACGCUGAUGUCUUCCAUCUUUCUCAGUUUUGUCUUUGAGUGAGCGUUUGCUGCUGCUUGGUCAAGAGUAAUCUCAAAUUUGAUUCAUGGUGUAUUAGAUUUUAAGAGCUCUUAAAGAAAGCUUGGUUGGAUACGUAUUGACAUUACUCCUCGUCAAAUCAAUUUUCAGUGAGACUUGUAACUUCAUAAAUGCCACCUUGCUUAUGUCUUGUCUACCUAUUAUAAAUAUAGCACAUGUUGCAACAGAACAUAAAUUUUUGAAUUUGAAUAAAUCUUUUUCCUUGA